CAUUCAGUUAGUGAGUGGAAGAUCGACGAUCGAGACGAUCAACGAGACCUGAAAACUAGAAAUCGACCAGCCGCCGAGACGGAAGCAGACGACAAUUGCCGCAGUGCUUUGCUAGAACGCGCGUUAUGUAAGCGUUUGACAUUGUUUCGCCAUUUUGGCUGCCAAUAAAUGCAGUUGUGCCGAUUCAAAUCUGCUUUAGAUACCGAAAAAUACAUAUAUAAAUAAAUCUUCUAAAGCAUUGAAAUUGGAAUACAAAAAAAGGAGUGUUGUAAUUAAAGCAUUGAAACGCGUUCGUGUGAAAGUAAUAAACGUGAAAAAAUCGUGUCGAAACUGAAAAAAAAACAGAAAAGUGCGUGAAAAAUGUUUAUUUUUGGAAAAUGUUGACACACACGCACCAUAGCGGUUUACAUAUGUAUAAAUAGUCAAUCACACACACGCGCACUCGCGUACAUAUCACAGUGUGUAUGUGUGUAUAUGCCUGAGCUUGUCAAUCAGCAAGUCAACAAAUUUUGGAACACUUCGCUGGCGCAUAGUGCAACGCAAAACUCUCGAGUGAACUUAAUAAAUUCUGCAUUUUGCAAGCAAUUGUUGGUGUUGGGAAAGCGUAAACUUCUUGCAACGCAUUCGAAUUGUGAAAUUUUUAAAAAUAGCACUGAAAAUUUUCAAAAAUAACACAUAGCAGCACCUCCCUGGGCUGGCUAGCUGACUGGUCGGUUGGUUGGUUGGCUGGCUGGCUGGCUAACUUGCACAUCUUGUUCAUAUUUUGGGAAUUAGUGCGGCAAAUAAAUACACACACACACGCGAGUAAAUACAACACACACACACGCACACAUCUAAGUUAGCUGUCAACGAAACGUGUGCCUGUGUAUGUGUGCUGCUUGAACUAAAAAGCGACAUUUACAACCAUAAAUUGCAUUUUGGCGAGGAAGCGAGAAUUUCCCUAAGACUCAACGAAAGCGGGCCAAAUAACGGACGCUUUGACUUGACAAAAUAUGGCGACGCAUACGAAUGCGAACACUUUUUCAACCAAACUACACCGAAAUGUUUUGACUAUGCCGAAAUGGGUGACGGAAACUCAUGAUCGCGUCGGUCCGAAACCACCACCGCCACCCUCACCCACGACACCAGAUAGCGGCGUUAAAUUACCAGUCCUGCCACCAAAAUCGAAAAAUCUACCCGAGCCCGAUUAUGAAGUCAUCGAGUUCUCUGGCCAACAGUACUCGAAUGAAGUGCUCAAGGCGGGCAGCCGUUCGAAAACUCCCAGUACACCAGAUGCGAAACUCAAGUGCACACUGUGUGGCUCACAUAAUCCUUGGGUCACUUGCGAGGAAUGCGCGCAGCAGAUCUUCUGCGCCUCGUGUGACGAUAUGUUUCACAAGCAUCCAAAGCGACGUGCGCAUGUGCGAAAGGCCGUUGAGCAGACACGCCCACCGUUGCCGCCGAAAAUUUUACCCGGACAAAAUGGACCCACACCACCAGUGGCGCCACCAAGACGUAAAGGGCGCGGAUUUGCCACACCACUGCUACAGCGCAAGGAACAGGUCGAUAUGAAUACGCUGCCCAUACCACCAUCGCCGACGCCUUCGUUGAGGAGCACGUCCUGGCAAGAUCGCGUCAGUUCACUCAAAAGUGGGCUGAAUCUGAUGAAUCGCCCAUUGCCGGACACGCCCAAGACACCGACAAGUGAACACACAUCGUCGCGUUCGGUUACGCCCAAAUCGGUUUUUGACAGCAUACAACGUCCGCCAUCUGUCACAUUGGAGAAGAUCAAAAGUAAGGCCAGUGCUACGUUGGAUCGAAUGACGCUACUACAGCAACGCUAUCGUCAACACAAAGCGGACAGUCAGAGGAGCAAUAAUGAUUGUAGCGGUUCCGUAACGGACCAGAACCUCUCAUUCGAUCAAUGGUCAAACAUCUCACCGUCGCCAUCACAUUUUCGCUCAGGCAGCAUGUCGUCCGGGAUCAAUUCAUCUCAUUUUGACCUCACGGAUGAUACACAUUUUCACAAUAUGUUUAACCAACGGCAGAUGCAUCCAUCCACCGCACAGCAGCAACGCGCCAACGGACAAUUGGGUACGCGUGGCAUGAGCACUUCGGUCUUUAAUUUGAGCCAUAUUAAUCGUCGUGCCCCAGAGCCACAGAAUACAUGGAUGAACAAUCCGAUGCAACAGGCCCAAUCGAUGGCUCAUCUUAAUUGUGCCACUUGUGCUAGUCCACAAACGAACGCAUGGCACGCUCAUACCCAGCGUCACAUGCCCAUGGCCAACGUUCAAACCGACGGGUGGGGUAAUCAGUUCCCCUCGCAGCAACAGCUCAAUCGUUCUAAUUUAUCGCUCAACGUCGGCGCUGGUUACAUGAUGCCCCACCAUCACGGCGCUAGUGGCAUGAUGGCCCCGCCGCCUGUCUUCAUGAACCAAACAGGCAUGAUGACCGGCAUGUAUCCAUAUCCAUACCAUGGGGGAAUGCCUGUUAUGAAUCCAGGUAUAAUGGGCAUGCCACCGCCCACACGUUCCCGUGCAACUUCACGUGCCGGUUCGCGCGCUGCAUCACCUGCAAUGAGUCGCAAAUCUAUGCCGGUACGCCGAAAACAACGCACCACGAGCUAUGUUGAGGAUGAGCUCACCGAUGAUGAGGACUCAGAUCAAGACGAUCGACGUUCGAUUAUUUCCAAUCGUUCAGGCAUGACGAAUACGCUGCGCGCACGCCAACGACGCAUUUCGAGUGCGUCUCAGCUGUUGGACGACGAAAGUGAGACGAAUCAGCGGCAGACACGGGGGAAGCUACGUGAUGCGCGUGAUCGACGUGGUUCUAUUGCAAAAUCAGUGCAAAGUGAUUGGUUGCCCAGUCGACGGCCGACAGUGAACCAUAGCAGUAGCAGUAAUCGACAGAAUGAGCCGGGAUUUGUUAACACAAACAAACCGACGCGCAUUUAUUCCGACUUAGAUUCUGAGUCAUCGGGUACACGCGCAUUGGUGCAAGCCAAAAUUCAGGAGAAACUGGAGAAGAGCACGAAGCGUAGCAGUUCGAAAGAGAAAAUAGCGGAGGCUGCGCGACAGAAGCCCAAUAAAGUUUCUACUGAAGUGCAAGCAGGCGGUAGUCGCACGAUUGCUAAAUCGGCCAGUGCAACUGCGGUGAAAGCUGAAGAAAAUCAAGCACCCGUCAAGCAGAACACAGGCAAAUAUGAAUCUGUUCAAAUAAAGGCAAAUAAAAAAGAAGCUUCGGAGGAUGACGAGGAGGAGGAGGAGGAGGAAGAAGUAGAGGAGAGCGGAAGUGAAGAGACUGAAAGCGAGCAAGAGGAGGAGGAACAAGUAGCUGAGGUUAGCACACAGUUGGAGGAAGGCAACGCAUCACAAGCGGUAGAUGCCAGCGAAGCUAAUGAAGAUGACUUAGGACCACCGCCUUCAACACCUGAUCAUGAAUGGGAGUGCGAGUUCUGCACAUAUGUCAACGAACCGAACGUAAAGAUCUGCUUGAUCUGCUGCAAAACUCCUAGUCACGGUGCGCGAAAGACCUCCACUACAACUGCACCCACUCCCAGCGUAAGCGAAGAGCAGCCUACCAAAGUGAGUGCCGCAACUUCCCUCAGUCCUGAAAGAGCCUCCGUGGACAAAGAGAAACGAACCAGCAGCACCGAGCGAACGAAAGACAAACCGAAAGACAAAGUUAAAGAGAAGCCAAAAGACAAAGUAACCAGUACAAGCACCAGCACAUCUACAGGAACAACUGCUAUACCUAAGCGCAAGACCGGAGUGGCACAGAGCAUCAUUAGCAAUUUGACGAACGGCAUGUCCAAGCUUAAGAUCACUUCCUCCGAGCACAAUUCGGGUGCAACAACGCUUACGAAGAAGAAAGAAUCCGUGGAAGAAGUAUGGGCCGCUUUGGAUGAUAACAUACAAGCCACGGCUAAUGAGAUAAUGCGAAAAGCUGAAAAGUCUAAGAAGAGCACAAAAGUCUCGACUAGUUGUGGCACUUCACCCAUCAGAGAGGUGCCCAAAGCGAAGGAUGCACAAAAAUUACAAAGAAGUGUCAAAGAAACGGGCACAUCACCGCCACCACAGAGCAUUUCCACUCAAACCUAUGAUACGCUACCAUUACGUCAACCGGAGCCAAGUGUAGCAGAGACUGUGGCAACAGGAGGAGGUGGUAUCUUUUAUAGCGAAAAUUCACAGCUUCAUCGAGAUGCCCACUCACCGUUGAGCAUCCUUCCCCCAGAUAUGCCGCACUACGAACCCAGACAUAAAGAACCUGAAACCGAACUAUAUAUUCUACUGAAGGAGGCCGAACUCUAUAAGUUCACACCCGAAGAGCUGCAUGCUGCACUCAAAUACUGCGGCACAUCCACGCAUCCAAUACAAUGGUUACGUGAAAAUUGGCACAAACUCAUACAGACUGUCCAGAGUCUUUCGACGAAAUAUGGGCAAGAGCGUGCAGAAAAUAUUAUCGGUACAAUAUCACAGAUAGAGGCAAGGGAAGCGCUGCGUCAACAUGGCGGCAAUAUAUGGCAAGCUGUGUCAGAAUGUAUUGAACAGCGGCAAAGGAAAUAUCGUGACAUCUCAAGCAAGGGAAACUUCUCGCGAGAAGAUAUAGUAACUGCACUCACCAUACAUCAAGGCAAUGCCGACUUGGCACUGUUGGACUUGGGACGCACACAGCUGAAACCUUUCCUAAUGCGCAUACGUGGCUCACCAGCCGGUGUUGAGAAUGAGAGUGGCGCUAUUUUUCCGCCAGCAAGCCCAAUUGAGCACACCAUUCAACCAGAAAUUCAUGAUUUUCUCAGCGCAAACGCUUCGGAAUGCUUGCAAACACCAAAUGCAGCUGGUGCAGCUUUCAUAACCGAUCAUCCCUCGCCGUUGCAUGAACAAUCUACUAAUGAAUAUCGUAAUCCCAUGUUCGAUGGCAUCUACCGUUACAGCCCGUACAGUAGAGAGGCAUCAUCAAGCUCAUUUCAUCUAGACGAUCCCGCAUUUAAUAAUCGAAAUAUGUUAAAAGAUCUUGAGACCCUUAUUGGGAAUAUCGAACAAAAUCAGGCUAAAGAAAACGAACCAAUGCUCAAAACGAUGGAGACAAUGUUGGGCGAUAGUUUAGGUAAAAGGGAGGUAGAGCAUGAGAAUGACCCCGAAAUGAUGAGAAUACUAAUGAAGAGUCCAAUAGCAACGCAAUACGCGAAGCGCACGCUUUCCAAUGCAAAUAGUAGGAGUCAAAGUCAAUUGGAUGUGAAGAACUUCGUUUGGCAACAUAUACAGGAAAUAGUACCGAACUUGGUGCAGCAGGUCGAGAUGGAACUUAUGGCCGAUGAUGCGCAGGAGGCAAAUACUGCUGGUGAAAUAAUGAUAGAUCAAAAACUGCAGCCACCAGAACCGCCACCUAUUGAUGCCGAAGAGUUCAUAUUGGAGGAGGUUAUAGGACCUAACAUAAAAGAGGCUUCCAUACGCGAAUUAGUGCCACCCGAGUUCGUGUAUGCGGCAGAAAUAGCGAAUUUCCGUAUGGAAUUCGAUCGUGCAUUGGAUAGAGAACACGAAGAAGAAUUCGAUUUUGAUUCAUGCGAUGAGGCAGAGCGGACGAUAUAUAAAAUGUAUACGGCACCAGAAGAAGAAAAACUAAGUGCCGAGAAAGAAGAUGCUGCAGAGUUUUCCAUACCAGAGAUUGAAGGCGAGAAUCUAACAGAAGAUAGCAAAGUGAAGAGUGAAAAUGAGAGAGAAGAUUUAGCGGAAGAACUCUCUGACACGCAGGCUAUGGGAGCCAGUGCAGCUCAUAAGAGUCAGAUUACUUCGGAAACUGAAGAGACAGAACGUCAUGACGAACAGGAAAAUGAGCAGUUAACUGAACAAGUCACGAAUGGCACUGUCGUAAACGAUGGUAAUAAUAAAAUUGAGAUUCCGAAUGAACAGAACGAAGAAGCGAGGAAGAGCGCAGAGAAAGUGACCGACAAUUCUCCGGAAAUUUCAAUAGCAAAUGCUAAUGAACAACGUAAAGUGCCACAGACCGAAGAAAGUAAUGCCUUCAACGAAGAGCAGCCGUCAAGGUCUAAUAGAGCCUCACAAGAAACUCUAGUAAAUGUAGCAGCUGCAUUGUCCAACGAGAGCAAUGAAGCAACUACUUCUACUACAGUGGUCCCCCAAGUGCUUGAAGAAGCUGAUACACCAGCAGCUGUAAGUUUUACUGAUACCUCAAAGCUCAAAAGAAACGAAAAAAUGCAGAGACGUCAAAGAAAGAGCCAGUUGCCAAAGAAUGUAAAUGGCCCCGAAUUAAAGGUAGGUGGGGAUAUGCGCAGAACGGACGCUAAAGAUCGGCACAUAACAAAAAGCUCAAAUAAACAACAAGAAGCUACACCGCCCAAUGAUGAAAACUUGCAACAGAAAGCUGAGAAUGAAGAUGCCGCUUCGUCAGAAGAUCUACUUGCAGAACACGCAUUGGAUGCUAAAACUCCACAUGAAGCGUCUUCUACAGAUAACACUAAACCAAAUCAAGAAGCACCAAAUCUAAAGGACAGACAACCGAGAGUAUCUCGAAUUCCUGUACGUCGAAGCGGUAGUCGAAUUUCUGGUGAGCAAAGAUCAAAAAAACCUAGUCAACUAACUGUUGUUGAAGCCAAACUAACAAAUAAAAAUGAGGUCCAAGCAACUAACACUGAUCGAGUUACAUUAGAACGACCGGUUGACUCUUUAAGUCAGCCAGAUAGGCAGGUAGAUGAAUCCGUGUCAGUAACAGAAAACCGGAGGCAAGUGAAUUUAGAAAGUUUGCAUGAAAGCAUGGAACAAACUAGUGAACCCACAAGCGAAUUCAUGAGCGAAGAAGCUGUAAGCACUACUCAAGCUGAGCCCAGCUCGAUCGAACGCCAAGUUCUGGUGGAAUUGGAAUCCACACAGUCUGAAGACUCAACUACGAGAAAAACAAGCUCCAAUUCUCAAACUCGUCAAACUGAAGAGGAACCACAAAUACAAAUGAAGUAUGAGAUUUCGGUCAAAACAAAUACCAGCUCUGUGCAAGAACAGCAACACAUUGGAGAACAAGUUUUACCAGCGAUAAUACAGACAACCGCUAAAGCAGAUAUUAGCUCCGGAGAUCUUAAUCAGCAGCCCGUUGGGACACAAACUAUAUCUGCGCAAAUUGAAAUCACAGCAGGCCCCAGCUCUAAAGUUCAAAAUGCGCAACUCGUUGAAGAGCAGUCUUUACCAGAGGAGACGGAAGCCACAACUAAAGUUCACAUCAGCUCUGAAGAUCAAAGUGGGCAACUCGUUGAAGAACAACCUUUACCAACAGAGACGGUAACCACAACUAAAGUUCACACCAGUUCUGAAGAUCCAAGUGGAAAUCUCUUUGCAGAACAACCUUUACCAGCUGCGAAUGAAGCAACAAUUAAAAUUCACAUCAGUUCUGAAGAUUCAAGUGGAAAACCCGUUCAAGGACAACUUUUACCAGCGGAGGCUGACGCUACAGUGAAAGCAGGCACCAGCUCUGAAGAUCCAAGUGGACAACUCGUUGAAGAACAACCUUUUCCCGCGGAAAUUGAAGCCACUGUUAGAGCAGACACCAGCUCUGAAGAUUCAAGUCGGCAACACGUUGAAGAAACCAUGUUACCCUUGGCAUCUGAGGAGACUACUCAACCAGAUAUCAGCACUGGGGAAACAGCUCGUCCAACCAUAACCAAAUCUAAAGAAACAAUCCAAGUAGAAACCAGAUCUUCUGAAGAUAUACGUCAAGCUUUGGAAGAAACAUCUACUCCAAAUUCAUCUGAACAAGCAAUUCUAACAGUAAACAACACAGAAGAAACAGCAUAUCCUGCUGUGAACGAACCUUCUACACAAAUCGCAUCCCAAGAAGUGGCUCAAAUCAAAAACGAUUCGGAGAAACACAGCUCAGAGGAGUUUCAAGAUGCUGCUGAGCUUUCGGCAGACGAAGAAUUCGACAAGAAUGAAAGAUCUGUGUCUAAGCGUGAAAACGGCGACGACGAUAAUGAGACAUCCGAUGACGAACUCUAUAGCAUUGAGAGUGAAUUUUCAAGUCGCGGGCAAGCGCGUUCUGUGACUUCUGAGAAUGAGGUAAUUCCAGUGAUAGGCAAAGAAUCACAACCACCCAUACAGCAAUCCACAAGCGAUACUGCAAUAGACGCAAACUUAGCUAAGAAGUCAAGGCAGACAACAGCAGUGGAGUUUGUGCUUUCGCCAGAUGCAUCAAAACAAAAUCUCUCCGAGCUCGUUGAAGACACACAGCGUUUGAUUAAGCAAAUGAAGGACGAGAUAAAUAUUGAGGAUUUUGAAUCUACCGAAGAAGAGUAUACGGAUGAGUACACAGACGAAGACGAAUAUGAUGAGGACGAGGGCGAGGAGGGCGAUUGGGAAGAAUCAUUUGAAGAGGAAGAAACGGAUUAUGAUGAAGAUGCGCUAACCGAGGAUGAUUUUAAAGAUGAAGACUACUUUGAUGAAGAGGACGAGGACGGUUUGGAUGACGAAGAUGACGCUGAUGAAGUAAAAGUUGAAGGAGCUAACGCUGAUAAGCAUAGUACAGAUGAGAGCGCAAGGGAACACCAAGCUGAAACGGCUGAUACUGCUGAACAAGAAAUAAAACACGAAACCGGUAGUGCUAGUACCGAAGAUGACGAUAAACAAGUUACAAUCAUUCCCCCAUCAACUAAUACCGAAAUCGUCAUAACUUACGACACCCCAAACGCUACUGACCCACAUCAUGCAGUUCCCACUGCUUUAUUGACUAAGCUUGCUUCAACAGUUGAGCCUGAUUCUCUUACUAAUGCAAAUGAAUCCACAACUUAUGCUAACCUAAUAGAAUCUGAGGCUAUGGAAAUCGAGGUAGAGAACCAAACACCCGAAUUGCCGGUAGAAACAGUAUUAUCGAACGAUAAGCGGGCAGAGAUAAAAUUAAAGACAUCGGGAAAUGAGAGUCAAAUAGACGCAGCUAUGCGAAACGAGCAAGUGCAAGAGGAGAGUAGCGAAAGGCAAAGUUCUGAUCAUCAGGAGGUAUAUCAGCAUGCUGAUACCCAAGCAAUGGCAACGCAGAGCAACGUAGAGCCCACAGUAGUGGAGAAAACUAUUGAUACUAAAAGCCAAAACAGCUUAAGCCGCACCGAAAACGAGCAUGCCAGCAGUGCAGCUGAGCCUAAAACUGCCGUAAGCUCUAAAGGCGGUGCAGUGAGCAAGAUUCCACAGAUUAGAACCGACGCCAGCGAAGCGUCCACUUCAAAUUCCCUGCGAAGUACAAUGAGUAUCACACGCAACAACAAAGUAGGUUUACAAAAGAGUGCCAUCCCCAGCGCUAAGUCAAUGGCUGAGCAGGCAAAACCCAAGGAAAGUAAAAUACCAAAGCAAACACCGAAAAAGGUGCCCCUACGUUCAAAAUCAUUUUCCGGUCCACCAGGUCCUAUCGGCAUUUCUUCGGUCAAGGCGAUACAACAAGAGUUUCUCAAACGUCAAAACCAAUUGACUACCCGCUAUGAACCACCCAAAAAUCCACCAACUAUAGUACGUAAAGAAUCAAUAGUCGAAGCCAUUACUAAAUAUAUGCCAAGCACUUCAGCGAGUGCCAGUGGCUCUAAAACUAUUGCCGCAGCUAGCAUUUUCCGCACCCAUGCGCGCAUACCCAAGAAGAAAUAUCACGAGACAUGCUUUUCAGAUGAUGACUAUGAGACAACGGCGAGUGAAGAGGAACCGGAGCCGCUGGAAAUACGUCAGCGUAAGCAGAGUGUACCAGUAUUUCGGGCAUACCCUAGCGUACAAGAACUAGAAGUAGUGCCAACAGAGGUUCUAGUGCGUAAAUUUGUCGAUGAAAAACUAGUCGCAAGUGUAGCUGAGGCACAAAUAGCUGCCACAUUGGUUAACAUGCGUUUCCAACAGGAUGUCUCAAUCUGGGCGGCCAAGGAGUGCAGUGAUCUCGAUCAAGCCAUUUCUAUGUUGCAACAGGACUGCGAACUCUGCAUGGGCAUAUAUCCGAUGAAUCAGAUUGUUUCAAUGCUCAAAUGUACGCAUAAAUGUUGCAAACAGUGCGCCAAAACUUAUUUCACUGUGCAGAUCACCGAUCGCAGCAUUAACGACUGCACUUGCCCAUUCUGUAAGCUGCCCGAAUUGCAUGGGCAUAACGAGCAUGAGGAUGAGAAUUUGGAAUAUUUCUCAAAUUUAGACAUUUUCCUCAAGAACAUUCUGGAUGCCGAAGUGCACGAACUGUUCCAACGUAAGCUCCGAGAUCGCACACUACUGCAAGAUCCCAACUUCAAAUGGUGCAUUCAAUGCUCAUCUGGAUUUUUUGCGAGGCCCAAGCAGAAGCGACUCAUUUGUCCAGAUUGCGGUUCGGUGACGUGCGCGCAGUGCAGAAAGGCGUGGGAGAAACAGCAUGAGGGCAUUUCGUGCGAACAAUUCAAAGAAUGGAAGGAAGCGAACGAUCCCGAAGUGCAAGCACAAGGUGUACAAGAGCAUUUGGCGCAGAACGGCAUAGAUUGUCCAAAAUGCAAAUUCAGAUACUCGCUAGCCAGGGGCGGCUGCAUGCAUUUCACUUGCACUCAAUGCAAGUAUGAAUUUUGUUAUGGUUGUGGCAAGCCAUUUAUGAUGGGCGCUAAAUGCACAAUCUCUUCCUACUGUGCCAAGUUGGGCUUGCAUGCGCAUCAUCCGCGCAAUUGUCUCUUCUAUUUGCGCGACAAGUUGCCAAUACAACUGCAGAUGUUACUCAAACAAAAUAAUAUACCCUACGAUGAAGACCCUAUAGAGCUGCCUAAUGCAGAUGCGGAGGACGCAUCAACAUCUACGCCGAAAUCGGCGCGUUGUCCGAUUGCCUUGCAGAAGGAGACCCCCACCGGGCUGGUGGAUACAGUGUGCAAUGGCGAAGUGCCCGAUAAGCACGCGGGACUUUGUCGCACACAUUACGUUGAGUAUUUGACCGCAAAAGUUGCUAAAGCGCGCAUUGAUCCACUGCCCAUAUUCGAUUUAACCGAUUGUGUGCAAGAAUUACGAAGACGAGAUAUACGACUGCCGGAAAGAGGUCCCUGGGACACAGACGAAAUCUAUAAAGGAAUGUGUUCGGAGGUCAUUAAAAAUAAUAUUCCACUGGAGACGAUGUGAGAAUGUUUGCUUGCCAAGCUGCUCAAGUCAAUCAACCUCAAUCCCACCUGAGCAACAUAUGAACGAUAUAACGAACGAUGUUGUGGGCUGCAAAUGUUUAAAAAAUCUAAAAUACUUAAUUUUAAUUUAUAUUUAUUUAUUUAUUUAUAAACUGUGUUUAAUUUUUUUUUUUUUUCAUUUCUUACUUCUUCGCCACUUGUCCAUUGUCUUAUAAUUAUUUAUGUUCGUCGCAGUCCACUGUAUUUUAAAUCCAUUAUGCUACUCUGUAUUUCUAUGCGUAUGAGUAAACGUUCAAUUUAUAUUUUCUAAAGCUUAACUAGUAAAUAAAGUAUACACGGAAAAAUAG